AACGCAGGUCAGCGGAUGCUACCCAGCAUGCUGUGCGCGGUGUCCCCCUCCUCCCGUGCCUGAGCUCCCUCCCCUCUCCAGGGAAUGACGUGAGGCCGGGUGUGUCACGUGACGCCGCCUAGGUGGCCUCGGCUCUGUUAUUAUUAUCUCGGUUGCUGGUUACGCAGAGAGAGCGGAGGGGAGAUCCCGGACAUAACGGGGGCCAGUAGGAGUAGUACUUGAAAGAACAUUGGGGUCAUGCUUCGUUAUUUAAUGGAAAUGCUUUUGGCUCUUCAUUGGUUAAUUGUCAGAAUGGCUUGAUUGAGACAGUCCAAGAAUCACCACAAUGAACACUGAGGAAGCCCCACUAACAGACCCUCAAACCAACACAGAAGGUGUCUUGGUGAUUAGUGGUCAUGCUGAAACAGAGAAGACUUCAUUUCAAAUGGCGUCUGAUGUGAAUGAGAACAAGCUAAGUGGAGAUAAAGACCAGUCGUUGACCAGGAACAAAGAGAUCACAGUUCAGAGCCGAGAUGCCCAGGACAGCAUUAAUAAUAAUGAAAACUGCAACCUGAUGUGUGGUCAGCUGAGCUGCAAGAAGAGCUGUGGCGAUACUGACCAUACGGUGGGGGACAGCUUUGCCUCGGCUAUGCUUUCAACCAGAGACAAUUCCUCUAAUAAAGGAAAACAGGUGGCUGGCAGAGGCAAUAACAGAAAUAAAAAAAGCCACAAUGGAAAAGCCACAGAUGACCAGAAGUGCGCAGAUGCUGCUCCUGAUCUGGCCACGCCUGGGUCAAAUCCCAGCCUUGAACACAGGAAUCAAAAGCAACUUCGAGACUCUCUCUUUUCUCUCAUCCAAGAAGGGCUUGAACAGACAGAUAAUGUCAGAGUGCUUCCCACGUGCCUUCAUCAGAUAGCAGAGACCUAUUUUCAGGAGGAAGACUAUGAGAAUGCAAUGCAGUUCAUCCAGUUGGAACGAAUAUAUCAUGAGCAGUUACUUGCAAAUCUGUCUGCUAUUCAGGAGCAGUGGGAAACAAAAUGGAAGACCACAAAGUCUAUGUCGUUAUCUUCACCCCAGAACUCAGAGAAAGGGCUAAGCAGACAAGAGCUAGAAAAACUUUCCAGUAUAUGUGGCUCUCAUCAACAUCCUCAGAUCUCCGAGUGGAAGUUACCGGCUUCAGAGAAUUCGUGUGGGACUGAGGUACAUGAAGGUCCUGACAGAGAAAGUGAAGCUGACAGCAGGACAGCCCAGAAGUCUGGCGUGGCAGCAAUGUCAGAGAACUCACCUCCUGAUGUCAUCACAGCAGACAAUCUAACCAGGGCAUCUGAACACCAAGCUUCACCCAGGAAAAAACACUCGGAGGAGCAGCAACUAACCAGUUCUGGAACAACGUCGGAGACUCCCACCCAGUCUACAGGGACAGGAGGCUGGACUAAUCCUGACAGCAGCUUUUCUUCUGGGGAUGCUGGGAAGAAUAACAACCUACUGCAACCAAAAGCAACACCGCACAUUAAUGAUGUGUCAGAAAUAGAUGCAUUCUCCAAGGAGAGCAUAGAGGAACAAGCUGGGAACCCAAUGGUAGACACUCUGCUAUCAGCAGCUGCAGUUAGCUCAGAUUGUGCCUUAGGAGCAUGCAAUGAGAGUGCUGGCGUCAGAAGUUCCUUAGAAUGCAGUAGCACCAUCCAGUCAGUCCUCACAGUGGACAGCACAGAAGAACAUUACACAGCAACAGAAAAUGGAGAAGCUGUUAAAAAACGGAUUAUUCAUGCAGAGAUCCAAGUAGGUGAAACAGGACAGCCCAAAGGCAGUGCUAAUCGCAAAUGCUCAGGAGAGACACAGAGCAAAGCUCAAAGACAAGCAACAGUUGAAUUUAUAGCAAGUCUCCUGAACGGGGACCUGAAAGAUAGCGAGAAUUUCCUGGCUCACUUGGACUUCCAGGAAGAGACUUUCUCUGAAGAAGAAAUGUCACCAAUCCCAGGGGAGUCUGUCUUGGGGGAUAAUUUCCUUUCUUUGGAUGAAUUAGCAAAGAGAAUAGAGAUAGAGGAGGUAAUCCCUGCUGAAGGUCUGGUGUCCAUACUAAAGAAGCGGAAUGAAAGCGAGGGGGAAAAGCUUGUCCAGUCAUCACAGAAACAGGCAAAGAGGAAAGUGCGAUUUCAGGAAACAGAAGAUGCUCUCGAUCAAGAAGAAAUUGGUGGAGGCUCCUGCAUUUUGCUGGUAGCGCUUUGCAUUGUAACUGUGUUUCUUAGCAUUGGAGGAACUGCAGUAUACUGUACGUUUGGCGAUAUGGAGUCAUCUAUAUGUAAAGAUUUUGCAGCAAACAUGGACUUCUACUACACUCAGGCUGUACAAGGAAUGGAAGCCUUAAGGCACUGGCUGUUUGUCACAUAGCGGACAAGGUUUCGGUCUGUCUUCGCACGUAGCUUUUGACUACUACCAAACCUUGGAUUAAAUUACACUUGUGGGUUCAUUUGUAAUUUAAAUAAUGAACAUUUCAAUAUUAUUUGAACAUUGCAAAAGAAGAAAGAGUUUAUGGACAAUUAUUUUACAUGAAUAUUAAGUACAUAAAAUAAUAGUGAUGUGGGGGGGGGGGGGGGGAAUGUUUUCAAAAUGGCACAGAAAUGUUCCACGGCCACUAAUGGACCCACAAAAGAUAAAAUCCACUUACUGUUUUUACAGCUCAAGGCAUUCAUUUUUUUUAAUGCAGCAAUAGAGUUGUAUGUUUUUACAUUUGGAAUUCAUUGUUUUUAUGCUUGUUAUUUAUUUGUGUGUUGUGUAACUUUUAAUUUCUGUUUGGUGACUGAGCUUCUGUGGUCUGAUCACUGAAACAGAAAAAUAUUCUGCCCAUCAGACAAAAAUCCUCUUCCUGUGUCCUCUUAAUUUAUGUACAUUUUGUUUUUGUUACUGGUUGUACAAUUAUUUUAUGCUAAAGCAAUCCUAUGUUUAUUUUUGUAUAGGUACAAAAUGGUGUCUAAAUAUAGCUUAAGCAUGUUUGUUUCCAAAGCCUCAACACCAUUUUUCCUAUAAAAUAAUAUAGAAGCCCAGAUUAAUUUUUGCAGCCAGUUGUACUACCAAGCAUUAUGGGUAAUGUUUUGUUCUGUACAUGUUAGUACUGGCUGGCCCAGUACCUUUUUCCUGUUGAAAUUUAUUUAUUUUUUGAUCAGUGUAAAGGGAAUUUUCAGACUUUUUUGAUGUGCAAUGAUUUUCUGUUUACUGCUUUAAUGUUUAUAAUUGAGGUGACUUGCGUCAUUGUAGUAUGAUUUUUCUUUUCAAUUCUUCAGAUCAAACUGUUUUGUGGUUUGGGGUUUUUUUUUCUCAAGGGGUGGGGGGUAGAGUGUGUCUCGUUAUUUUAACCGCUUCAGGAAAAUAUUGAAUAAUCAAUGCCCCAAACUAAUCAAAACACAUUUUUAUAAUAUAUCUAUAAGGAAAGAAAAAAACAUUGUUUUAGAUGAAAAAAAAAAAAAAAAAAUAUUGAAAGUAAUUCAAUAGAGUAACAAAUCAUGGGACACUUUUAGCAGUAAGCAAUAUUUUGCAAUGACGAAUGCUAUCUAAGGAGAGCUUUAAAAGUACCCUUUAUUAAAUGUAUAUUGCAAUCAUUAUACACAAAUUACAUCAGGUUGCCCUUCUGGGGUAGAUCUGUGUUAUUUGGUCUUGCAUUAUUUUACCUUAUUUUCAUUGUUGUCUCUUGAAGAUCUGUGCAUAAAUUAAUUUGCCCUUUCUGUCUUAAAAUUAAAAAGAAAAGGAUAUUUUAA